AUGGCUGAAAGUAUGGAUUAUCUAACAGACACGGAUGUUUUUGAUGAUAUAAUCUCAUUACAAGAUUCAGUAUUGGAAUUAGCAAAUAUAUAUUGUUCAGAAGAGGUCAUAUUAUCUGAAAGUUCACAACCAACAUUUGCUUUAUCUGAAGACUUAUCACAUGAUAUUCCAAUUAAUCCAAAAGAGUGGUUAGUAAUGCAUGCAAAUACCCAUCGUUUGAAACCGCCUCAUCUAUUCGAAUUUCUUCUUCGUGUUGUUCAACACCCUGUUUAUGCUUCAUAUGCAUCCUAUUCGAACAAAUCUGAGGGAAUAUUUCAAGUUCAUAAACCCAAAAAAAUAGCUGAUCUUUGGGAAAAAGUAAAAAGUCGACAAGCAAACCAACCAAUGACUUAUGAAAACUUUGCACGUGCCAUACGAUGGUAUUAUCCACGUGGUAUUAUGUUGAAAACAAAUCUUCGUCAUACAUUUAGAUUUUCGCUACAAAUAUUGAACGCAUACAUUAUCGAUGAAAAUGAUAACCGUCUUAUUUUUUGUUCUAAAGAACAGCAGUAA